GGCAAUCGGCGAGUAACACUGAAGGGAGAGACCUGUGUGUAUGCUGCUGUGUAUUUCUCUGCUGUGCUGUGCAGAGAAAUACACCGCAGCAUGUUUCCCCAGUAAAACACACACAGCACAUCAUGUAAAGCAUCACACAGUUAACCCUUUGAUCGUCCCAGAUGUUAACCCUUCCUGCCCAGUGUCAUUAGUACAGUGUCAGUGCUUUUUAUUAGCACUGAUCACUGUAUUAGUGUCAUUGGGAUGUCAGUGGCAGUCAGUUCCCCCCCAGUGUCAGAAUGCCACACGC